AUGACUUCUGGGAAUCCAGAAAACAUGAAACAUAACAAAGAAAACUCAGACGAGAGAGUUCCCUUGUUAUCAAGGACUCAAGAUGAGAAAGUGAUGACAGAUAAAUACUCUGGAGCAUCCUUUCAUGGCUCUGUGUUCAAUCUGUCAUGCACCAUUGUUGGUUCUGGCAUUAUGAGCCUGCCUGCAACCUUGAAAAUGCUGGGGCUCGUUCCUGGUAUUGUUUUGAUCAUUAUAGUUGCAUUUGUUAUCGAGGCGUCGAUCGAGAUGUUGUUGAGAUUCAGCAAGGCAGGGUGUGCAUAUUCCUAUGGUGAUGCCAUGGCUGAUGCCUUUGGAAGAAUUGGGAAAAUCUUACUUCAGAUCUGCAUUGUUAUCUACAACACUGGUUCUCUUAUAGUGUACAUGAUUAUAAUUGAGGAUGUGCUUUCUGGAUCAACCUCAAAAGAGGUUCACCAUGCCGGCAUUUUGGAAGGGUGGUUUGGAGAACAUUGGUGGACUAGCCGCGCCUUUGUUCUUGUUGCAGUAACUGUUAUUAUAUUUUUUCCAUUGAUGUUCUUCGAGCGUAUUGAUUCAGCCAGAUAUAUCUCUGUUAUAUCAGUUGGAUUGGCGAUUGUGUUCCUUCUUGUUGUCAUUGGGGUCACAACUUUCAAAUUAGUGGACGGAAGCAUAGAGACGCCUAAAUGGUUUCCGGCUGUUACUGAUUCAACAUCAUUCCUUAAUCUCUUCACUGCAGUCCCUGUUGUUGUCUUUGCAUACAUCUGCCACUACAAUGUUCACACAAUACAGAAUGAGCUUGCAGAUUCUUCCCUAAUUCAAGGGGUUGUUCGGGGUUCGCUUGCUCUAUGUGCGGUUAUCUAUGUAAUGACUGGCAUUUUCGGGUUCCUUCUGUUUGGUGAAUCAACAUAUACUGACUUGCUCUCCAACUUUGACACUGACAUUGGCGUUCCAUAUAGCUCACUGUUCAAUGACAUUGUUCGAAUUAGCUAUGCCGGUCAUGUUAUACUUGUCUUCCCAACCAUAUUCUUACCUCUGCGGCUCAACUUGGAUGGCCUCCUUUUCCCCUCAGCAAGGCCCCUGGCUUUGGACAAGAAGAGGUUUGUGUUGGAAAGUGUAGGGCUUGUCCUCAUUUCCCUUGUGGGUGCAAUAUCCAUACCAAAUAUUUGGGUAGCUUUUGAGUUCACAGGAGCAACAAUGGGAGGGUUACUUGCAUUUGUGUUUCCUGCCUCCAUCACUCUCAAGGACCCUCAUUGUAUAGCAACUACCAAGGACAAGAUUGUGUCAGUCUCCAUGAUCAUUCUUGCAGUAGUUUCAAACUUCAUGGCCAUAUGUAGCAAUCUGCGCUCUUUGUUGUCCUAA